AUGUCCCAUCGCGGCGGCUACGGAGCAGGAGGUUACGGUGCCAGACCAACAACUGUCGUGCACCACCACGGCGGAGGCGGACGCAUGGGAGGCGGUAGGAAAGGAGGAGGUGGAAUGAGCAGCAUGGGAGGAGGCGGAUUCGGAAGCGUUAUGUUUGAUGAAUCCUUCUUCCAUAUCAAGUGA